AUCGGAAUUAUUGGUGGAACUGGCCUGGAUGAUCCAGAUAUCUUAGAAGGAAGAACAGAAAAAUACGUUGAUACUCCUUAUGGCAAGCCAUCGGAUGCUUUGAUAUUGGGAAAGAUAAAAAAUGUGGACUGUGUGCUGUUGGCAAGACAUGGAAGGCAUCAUACCAUUAUGCCGUCGAAUGUCAAUUACCCUGCCAAUAUCUGGGCAUUAAAAGAAGAAAAUUGUUCGCAUGUAUUAGUGACUACUGCCUGUGGUUCAUUACGAGAGGAAAUACAGCCUGGUGAUCUUGUCAUAAUUGACCAGUUCAUUGACAGGACAACUAAAAGACAUUGUACUUUAUACGAUGGGCAGCAUUCCACUCUUCCAGGAGUAUGUCAUAUUCCAAUGGCAGAGCCAUUCUGCACCAAAACCAGAGAGGUUCUUAUUGAGACUGCCAAGAAGCUUGGGCUCCAGUGUCAUUCCAAGGGGACAAUGAUCACAAUUGAAGGCCCACGUUUUAGUUCUCGAGCAGAAAGCUUAAUGUUUCGCAGCUGGGGUGCUGAUGUUAUCAACAUGACCACAGUGCCUGAAGUGAUUCUUGCGAAAGAAGCUGGAAUGAGUUAUGCUAGUAUUGCCAUGGCAACGGAUUACGACUGCUGGAAGGAACACGAAGAAGCAGUUUCAGUGGAUAAAGUUUUAAAGACACUGAAAGGGAAUGCAAAUAAGGCUACUAGCAUACUCCUUACAGCUAUACCUCAGAUAAGUUCCAUGGAGUGGACCAACACCCUGCAAACCCUGAAAGUAAGUACAUACAUGAGGCUG